AUGGCCAACUCCAUAGCAACUCGUUGGAGAGAACUCAGUGGGGAGAACGAAUGGGAAGGUCUACUACAUCUAGUAGACACUGAUCUCCGUCAGUAUAUAAUUCACUAUGGUCAAAGGACUUCAGCUGCCGGAGACCUCUUCGACCCUAACACUUACGGUCCUAAAACCUCGAAAGAAAAGUUUUUCACCGAAGCUCGUCUCAUAAAAGGAAACCCCUACAAGUACGAGGUCACUGACUUCAUUUAUGCUGGCUCGGACAUUGUUAAGUCGGCAUGGAUCGGAUAUGUGGCGGUGAGCACCGAUGAAGAAAAGCAAGUACUGGGCCGGAGGGAUGUUUUGGUUGCUUGGAGAGGGACCGGAACGCUAUCGGAAUGGGUCGGUGAUUUAUUGGUUCGGCGAGUAUCACCUUCCGACUUGUUCUCGACUGCCGCUGAAUACAAUGCUUUAGUGCACAGUGGUUUCCACUCGCUUUAUAUUGGGACGGUACCGGAUUCUAUUCAUAGCAAAACUAGUGCUAGAGAGCAGGUCCUAGCUGCUGUAAAGAAACUAGUGAACAAGUACAAACAUGAAGAACUAAGCAUAACCGUAACAGGCUUUAGCCUAGGCGGAGCACUAGCAACAUUGACCGCAAUGGACAUAGUUGCCAAUGAAUACAACAAGCCCACCACAAGCAACGCGACGUUCAUGGUGACCGCCUUCGUGUUCGGUUGUCCCCGUGUCGGAAACGACGGUUUCAAACAAUUAUUUGAUUCGCUCAGGGACAAAAACCUUCGUCUUCUUCGUAUGAAAAACAAAACCGACCCCGUUCCAACACUUUUAAUCACACUACUGUACUCCGAUGUCGGAAACGUGUUGAACGUUAACACCUCAGUGUCGAAGUACUUAGAGAAGAAGGUGGUUUUUGGCAGCACUGGUGAUGCUUUCCCUGAAGGAAAUGAAGAUGAAGUAGGUAUCGUUAUAAGCUUGGUAAAUCAAGGUGAUCAUGAAGCUCAACAAAUGGUAAUUAUCGGCGGAUGGAUAACCGAUAUUGUUAGUUGUCACAAUAUGGAUGUGUAUAUGCAUGGUGUUGCGAUCGAAAAUAUCGCAGAAGAUACACCGGCGGAUGAAUUGGAUUAUGAUUUACCACUUGUGAAUAAACAUUUAAAUCGUGUGAAGAAAGACUACAAAAUUCCAACGGAAUGGUGGGUUGGUGAGAAUCGGAAGAAAAUGGAACAAAUGGAUAAUGGGCGAUGGAGGGUUGUUUGA